UGGUCUGGGUGGUUGUAGCAGUAGUACAGUGUAAAUCGUAGGGUAGAAAGUCAACUUUAAAACAGGUCUUAGCCAUUUUUGCUUUAGACUAUGUUCCUAAGUUUAUUUUUCAAUCAAAAAUGUUUACAACUCUGAGUCCUGUAAGCCUAAAACAUCACCAAAACACUCAUGUUCUGUUUUGGCUGAAUAUUGUUCUACUCAAGCAAGGAGAAGUGUUAAAUAUGUGAAAGUUGUAGCUUGUACUGUUGUAGGAUGGGAAAAUUGUAUGUUUUUGGUUAUAAUGGUUUUGGGCAGCUGAGGCCUGACAGAAGCGACAAUUUCCUGGCCCAUCCUUUGGAGCUGAAGGCCACAGGACCAGACGAUGAUGAUGAUGAUGAUGUGGUUACUAUGGUUGCAGCAUCAUGGAGUUCAGCUGCUAUCUUUGCAGCUUUUGCAGGCAAAACAAUCGUCAUGACCCAAGGAUUCCUAAACGCUGAGUCCCACCAGCACCGAAAGUUUGAGACUGAAGCUGUUAGAAGUUGCACCUGGACAGCUGACGGCCUGGUGGUGGUGUGGGAGGGGGGCCAGUGUGUGCAGGUGGACACCUGUACGGGACAGGUGCUGAGCAGGUGGACUAGCCCAGAAGGAGUGAAGUUCACAGAUGUGGUUUGUGGGGAGAACAGCAUACUGGCGCUGACAGGUGCCAGACGUCAACAUACAGCUGAACUGUGGAUACCAGAAAGCAGACCACACUGGGCCACCUCAAAGUCCUGGCUAGCUUCUCAAACAGUCAAAGCUCAGUUCCUGGAAACUUCUGUCAGCGAGGCGGGACUGCAAGGUGGCAGCAUAGCGGAGGUGCUGGUACAGGCCACCCCUAUCAUAGUAGACCUGCCCACUGGUCAGGAGGUGUCAAAGGUCAGCUGUGGGUCCAGGCAUACAGCGGCUCUCACUAAGGAGGGACAGCUGUUAACGUGGGGAUGGGGUGCCUACGGUCAAUUAGGCAGAGGACAGACAGAGAGGUCAGAGGUUCCUCGUACAGUGGAGUUCUUCAAGCAGAGAAGAGUCAUUGAUGUGUGGUGUGGACCAUGGAAUGUGUUUGUACAGGUGGACCAGUAAAGUGUUGACAUUUUCUGAUGCGGCAUUCAAUAUAAUUAAGUUGGUUAUAAAGUUUCUCCAAUACUGGAAGGUAUAUAUGGGAUAUUCUGUUUUAAAUAUUGUGCCAAAUGUGUGUAACUUUUAAACAAAUGUACAGAAGAUGAUGACAAUUGCACGAACUUGCCCAGAUAUCCAAAAAAGUACUGAUGGCAGCUUUGCAGUACCGUUCUAUGAUUGGUAAUGUUGGUAGUCUCUGCUCCAGUGUUAGAGACUCACGCUGUCUGUCAGGUGUUCACAGCUGCCUCUAUGUCUGGUAAUACAUGUCCCCUUCUGCAGCUGUAGCAUCUGCGCAAGUGUGAUCAUGAGUGACUGUCAGGUGUACACAGGUGUUAGGUGUUCACAGCUUUCUAUUUCCGGUAAUGUCCCCUUCCCCAGCUGUGGCACCUGAUCCUGUGAGAGGGACCCAGCCCCUGCAUGUCAGGUGUUCACAGCUGUCAGGUGUUCACAGCUGUCAGGUGCUCACAGCUGUCAGGUGCUCACAGCUGCCUCUAUGUCAGGUAAUGUCCACUUCUCCAUUGGUAGUGCCUGGUCCAGUGGGAAUAUCCCCUGCUGGACUCUACACAGGGAUGUCAGGUGGGCACAGCUGCCAACAGCUGAAGGAAUGGUGAAAAGUGGGAAAAAAAACUUAAGAAAAGACUUGGACUCAAGCACAUGUCAAGUGUUGAUUGAUACUGUACACGCUGCAUGUUAUUUAAUGCAAGUUGAUGCAACAGAUUGUUUGUUAAACUGACACAAUUGGUACUGAUUUAUUUUCAUGUCUUCAAAGUGUUGAUGUCAAAAGUAAAGCUGAUAUACUUUUAUUACAUUGGCAAAGUUCUCAUGAUUCAUAUAACAUUGCUUAGACACAGAAUCUUCUGAUUCAUAACUGAACAUUGUAGAAAAUUGUAGUUUUUUGUCUUUCCUGAAAACACCACAGACAUUACCUAAA